AUGCAGGGAAAUAAAUCAACUAUAAGAGAGUAUAAGAUAGUAGUUGUCGGUGGAGGUGGCGUUGGUAAAUCUGCUUUAACAAUUCAAUUCAUUCAAUCAUACUUUGUGGACGAAUAUGACCCUACUAUCGAAGAUUCUUACAGAAAACAAGUUGUCAUCGAUGACAAAGUAUCCAUUUUGGACAUUCUAGAUACUGCUGGACAAGAAGAGUAUUCUGCGAUGAGAGAACAGUACAUGAGGACUGGGGAAGGUUUCCUACUGGUCUAUUCCGUCACCUCUAGAAAUUCCUUUGAUGAGUUACUGUCUUAUUAUCAGCAAAUUCAAAGAGUAAAAGAUUCUGACUACAUUCCUGUAGUCGUGGUAGGUAACAAAUUGGACCUUGAAAAUGAAAGACAAGUCUCUUAUGAAGACGGGUUACGCCUGGCCAAGCAGUUGAAUGCACCCUUUCUAGAAACGUCUGCGAAACAAGCCAUCAACGUAGACGAGGCCUUUUAUAGCCUUAUUCGUUUGGUAAGGGACGACGGUGGGAAAUACAAUAGCAUGAAUCGUCAACUGGAUAAUACGAAUGAAAUAAGAGAUUCGGAGCUAACCUCAUCUGCAACAGCGGAUAGAGAAAAAAAGAACAACGGGUCUUAUGUACUCGAUAAUUCUUUGACCAAUGCUGGCACUGGCUCCAGUUCAAAGUCAGCCGUUAACCAUAACGGUGAAACUACUAAACGAACUGAUGAAAAGAAUUACGUUAAUCAAAACAAUAACAAUGAAGGAAAUACCAAGUACUCCAGUAACGGCAACGGAAAUCGAAGUGAUAUUAGUCGUGGUAAUCAAAAUAAUGCCUUAAAUUCGAGAAGUAAACAGUCUGCUGAGCCACAAAAAAAUUCAAGCGCCAACGCUAGAAAAGAAUCUAGUGGUGGUUGUUGUAUAAUUUGUUGA